AUGGACUGGCCAACCAUUACUAUUGGUAACGAUAAGCUUCCUACCCCUGAGCCGGAAUCUUCAGCCUCUCAGCCUUCAUCUACCACCACAUCUGCUACCACAGAGUGCACCACCAAAACAGUGACGAAUAACUGGGUAUCUUGCACACCUGUGGCUACAAGUACACGCUCUGGAACACGGUUGUACAGCAAUAGCUGCACUACGAGUACAUCUGUGGCAACAGGUUGUAAUGUCACACCAUCCAUUUCGUCUACUUUAGCAACCACGACGCCGGCUGCUUGUACUAUUGCGGUGAAGGCUAGCCCAUUCGCUACGCUCAUGGAUCCUAUACCUGAUUUCCCAGACACAACCUCUACACCUGCCCCAGACACAACCUCCUCUACGCCUGCCCCAAACAGAACCUCCUCUACGCCUGCCCCAGACAAAACCUCCUCUACGCCUGCCCCAGAUACAACCUCCUCUGCGCCUGCCCCAGAUAAAACCUCCUCUACACCUGCUCUAAACAGAACCUCCUCUACGCCUGCCCCAGACACAACCUCCUCUACGCCGGGUAGCACUUCUGGGACAAGCAGUCACUCGGCUCCCGAAACGAUAACCACCCUAACUGCGCCUGCAGUAACGCCCGUGUCUUUCAUUACCACCAACCCAAAUGGUGAAAUACUCUCUUAUCCGUCGCAGAUCGUUGCAGAUCUUGCCACGCAGGGUGCGGGCAACCCCACGACACUGCAAACUGCGUCGCCAAGCCAGACCAGCGGUAACAACAAGGGCUCGAUCCAAUGCCGCAGUGUCGACGAUGCCUGCGACAGAGCGUAUAUGCAGUAUGUAGACGACACGGUCUAUACGUCCUACACAUCCUACACAGCGGAUAUCAAAAGUGGCAUGGUCAUAGUUGCAGCGCUAGGCCAAGCCGGUUGUGCGGCUAUGUAUACAUGCGAUAACGAUGACUAUGGGUUUGGAAUGACUGGACGGCAGAUUAAGGCUGCUGUUGAGUACCUGAAGGUAAAUGACAAGGUCAACAAAUGCGGAACCGCAUAUAUGUCAAAUUCCUGUCAUGUCACUCUCAAUUACUGCACCAGCUGCAAGGGCACACAGUAA